UGUUUUCGAGAAAAAGAAUCAAAAAAGUGCGCAUAAUAUUUCGCAGCUCCAAAAAAAAUUAGAAUCCUAUAGCAAGCGAUACAAAGAUUUGCAAUUCCAUUAUAGUCAAAAACAACAAAAUCAACGUCAACCUAGGGAAAUGCUUCGAGACGUCGGCCAAGGACUACGAAAUGUAGGUGGAAAUAUACGAGAUGGCGUAACAGGACUUUCAGCAACCGUAAUGUCAAAACCCAGGGAAUUUGCUCAUCUAAUCAAAAACAAAUUUGGCAGUGCUGAUAACAUAAAUCAACUAACAUCAACAUGGUACACAGAUCACACUACUAUCGAUAUCGAUCGAGAUUCGAAUCCAUCACAUAUUAAAAGCAACGUAGCAUUCCGUUAUAACAAUUUAAACUCUAGUAUGGGAAUGAGUGGAGGAUGCGGUGAAUCUGGAGAUUCUAUAACAAUUGCCAGCCAAGGAAUAAUAGAUGACAUUAUUGAAAAGUAUAGUGAACACGAUAGCGAAUGUAGCAGUGUUACAAGCGAUAGUAUUCCAUUAAGUUCAGGUAAACAUCGCAUAAUGAGCAGUCGCCAUUGUUCAAAUUAUAAAGCAAUAAAUGAGGUUAGAGAAGACUAUGAAAGAAUGAAAAGAAAGCUGGAAAACUUAGAGAUUCUACCAAAAGACGUCACUGAAAUGGUUAUUUCACUGGAAACGGAACGCUAUCGUACCGAGCGUUUGGAGGAACAACUAAACGAUUUAACAGAACUGCAUCAGAAUGAAAUUGAAAAUUUGAAACAGGCGAUUGCUGAUCUAGAAGAAAAGGUUCAAUAUCAGAGCGAUGAACGAUUGAGAGACGUUUAUGAAAUAAUGGAGAACUGCCAAACUAGGAUCUCCAAAAUGGAACAUCUAUCGCAACAACAAUAUGUGACCGUGGAAGGAAUAGACAAUUCAAAUGCUAGGGCAGUGAUAGUGAAAUUAAUUAAUGUGGUUUUAACUGCUUUGCAAGUAAUUUUGUUAUUGGUAGCAACAGUAGCAGGAAUCGCAAUGCCAUUUUUAAGAACAAGAUAUUAGUGCCGCACCUAUGUGCCAGGUUCGAUGCAUCUGUAGCGAACACAGAUUCAAUUUGCCCGCGUUGUACACCACCGCCUAUGCCAGUUUCGAUGGGAACGACCUCGUCAAGUCGGAGGACAGAUUUUGCAACGCAAAUGCCUGACAGAAAGAAUUAGACCAGAAGCAGUUAGAGUUGGGACAGAGGCAAUUAGCGCUGCAGAGAAAGCAUUUCCAGGAGAAAUACAAGCUGGGUCGCUAGCUGAUGAAUCUGCAAGUGCAAGAAGAAGUAUCUCGAGAUAGCAUAAAGCUUGUGCAAGAAUGGGUUGAUGAGCACACCACUGCGAAGCAGAAAUCCUCCGUACGACCUUCGUGUGCAACGAAGUUUCAUCCAACCCCACAUAACGGCUGGGGGAAGAAAGAUUCAUAGUGCGUGUCUUAACAACGGUGGUUUGUAUUAUUUCUAUAAUAUUUAUGUUUAAACAAUGGCCAGAGUUGAGGAAUGGUUGUGUAUACUUAGCCGGCAGGUUAAAGAAAUUGAUUCAAAUAAAAUAAUGAAAGGAAUUAUA